GCAGAUGCAGAAGAGUUGGGCCACGCCUGCAAUGUUCUGGCAGCUUUUGCCAUCACAGCCACGAUUGGGGACAGGAAUCCUCUGACUGUGCUGGUUUUGCCCUGGGCAGUGAUGGCUGGUGGAGUGUUGCAGCUCCUGUGCGGUUCGGUGGCGUUUGCUCGGGGUAAAACUCUUGAGAGCACCGCCUUUAUUCUCUACGGGUUGAUGUGGACGGUGUGGGGGUUGACACGAUUUGGUGGUCUUUACAGUGAGACCAGAGGCUUCAAUGUCGCUGUUGGGAUUAUUAGCUUUAUGAUGUUUAACCUCCUGUUGACAAUUGCAGCAAUAUUUCUUAAUGUUGCCUGGUUUGUCUAUGCAUUCACCUUCCAGCUCAUCCUCAUCAGCUUCCUGCUGGAUGCAAUUGGUGCACUGCCCUAUGGUUAUGAUAUUGGCGUCACAAUCAUCUUUGGUCUUGUUAGUUUUUAUUGUUUCUUGGCGCACAUUUUCAACAACACCUUCCAGUCUCCUCAAAUCCCCUUAGGAAGACCUUUAGUCAAUCUGGGUGGGGUCGGAGGAGGGGAAGGGGUCUGUCCGCAUGUACCAGCUCGCAAAGCAACAUCAGUUCAGCAGAUUGCAGAAAUCAUGAAAAAUGGAGGCAUAUGUGGAAUGCCAACUGACACUGUCUAUGUGCUGGUGGCUGCCUGCAACAGACCAGAUGCAGUAAUCAAAGCUUACAAGGUUAAGAAGCAGGCUGAGGACCGACCCAUGUCCAUGUGGAUCUCUUCUGUCAAGCAGCUGGAGCCUGUUAGACACCUGCUGAGUCCCCUGCUCCUGGACUUCAUGGAGGCUGCAUGGCCUUCCUCUAUCAGCAUGGUCAUCCCCAGAGGACCGUGGUUGGACAUAUUUGGUUUGGGAGACGCUGCCAAACACAUCGGGACUCCACAAAGCAUUGCCAUCAGAAGCCCAGACUGUGCAGUAGCUACACAUCUUAUUAAUUUGGUGGGUCCAAUUGCAGUAACCUCAGCCAACCCAACAGGCGAGGCAGAUACAACUCACCAUAACCAAGUUUAUGCUAAACUGGGAAAAAAGGUUGAAGGAGUGUUGUGUGAUGGAGCCUCCCCAGAAAAUAUCGCAUCUACUGUGGUUGACUGCACCAAGAUUGAAACUGGACAAAUUGGUUUCUUCAGAGUGGGCCUCAUUCCAAAAUCCAAGGUUCUCCAAAUAUUUGAAGAGGUUCGAAAUCGGCACAGACAAGGGCAUACCAAUCCAGGAUUUGAAUAUGAUGUUCCCCUUUAAGACAUACAAAGACAUCAAAGUCCAACAGGCACAACAGUGUCAAAAAGAGGACCAGGAAACUUAAAAGUAUAGUUAUACAACCACAGAGUCAAGAAGUCAGGAAAUGCCUCAUAAUAGCCCCUUUUAGUGCUGCUCAUAGUGGUGGCUACUGAUCAAGACUCUGAUAAACAGAAAUAGCUGCUAAAUUACCCAAAGAAAUGUUGUAUAGUGUCCAAUGAUGUAUAAUAUUAACAGACAACAUAAGUAGUUUAUGUUGUCUGGAGCACUGAAUGUAAAUUUUGUACUGAAUGUACUGAAUGUAAAUUUUUAUGCUUUUUGUGACAUUUUUAACUCUGUUUAGGUGUUGUGAUGUAUAGAUAAAAUGUCUGUUAUAUUAUACAUAUACAGUAUAUUUAAAUAAUUCAGGUUUUGUUGCUUCAAACUAUACAUAUGUGCUUUACUCAGUUGUUGAAAAUAUUGUUCAAACAUUUUGUAUGCUGUGAAAUAUGCCUGAUUGGAUUUAUAGUUGCUAAAAUAACUGCAAAUAAAUUAAG